UUCUCGUAUAUAGUCACAGAAACGAACAGAUAUGCUGAAUCGUAUUUAGCGAAUGUGGAACUUACACCUUCUUCUAGAGUUCUGAAAUGGAAUGACACAAAUAUUCCAGAGAUGAGGAGAUUUAUUUCCCUUUUAUUGUUGCAAGGUAUAGUUCAAAAGCCCGUGGCGAAAUGGUUUUGGUCGAAAAGGCCAAUUUUAUCUACGCCAUUUUUUGGAAAAAUUAUGAGCGAGUUAAAAUAUGGACUUUUAAUGAAAUUUCUACAUUUUGAGAACAGUGACGAUUUCGAUGAAAAAUUACAUCCGAACCCUAAACUUCGGAAAAUUUUUAAAUUACAUGAUAUGCUUGUACAAAGAUUUAAAUCUAUUUAUGUACCUAAACCGGAGAUAUCUGUGGACGAAUCUCUAAUUGCUUAUAAAGGUCGUUUGAGUUGGAAACAAUUCAUUCCAACCAAACGCGCUCGCUUCGGAAUAAAAUUGUUUCAGCUGUGUGAAUCUGAAAGUGGAUACAUUUGGAACUGUUUCAUAUAUACAGGAAAAGGCACCAACUUUCACGAUGCCUACAAUGAUUAUGGUCUUUCUACAAAAAGCGUGAUGACUCUUCUUCACGAAUUAAAAGGAAAAGGAUACUGUUUAUCAACAGAUAAUUAUUAUACCUCGCCAGAACUGGCAGAAUUGUUGAUACAAAGCAAAACUGACAUUUGUGGAACUCUAAGAUCCAACCGAAAAGGUUUACCCGCAUCUCUAAAAAGCUUAAGUGUAAAGAAAGGAGAAAUAGUCGGUUUUCAAAAAGGUAAAAUGUGUGUAAUGAAAUGGAAGGACAAAAAACCACUUCUUAUGCUUAGUACUUUCCAUAACACAGAAAUGAUGGAAGUGCAGUCUAAGAAAAAUUCCGAUGUGAAGAUAAAACCUAAAGUGGUAGUAUUUUACAAUUCUUCUAUGGGUGGUGUGGAUAGAUCAGAUCAGUGUCUAUCCUACUACCCUGUUGUCAGAAGUCAGCAGAAAAAAUACUACAAGAAGAUUUUCCGGCAUUUGUUAAAUCAAGUCGUAUGGAAUUCUUUCAUAAUUUUCAAAAAGAAUGGUGGGACAUUAAAUCAUGUUGGCUUUCGAAUGAAAUUAAUUGAACGAUUAAUCGAAGAAGGAAACACUUAUCCUGAUAUUCACAAUUUUAUCACCCCUAAAGGAUCAGAAAAUGUAGCUCGUUUCGUUGGGCGACAUUUUCCUUCAUAUGUGCAAAAAGAUAGUACUAAAAAGAGAAAAUCAGUGCGAAAAUGUGUUGUAUGCUGUCUUCAACAAAAUGACAAUGGAAAGCGCAUUCGAAGAGAGACACGAUUUGAAUGCAAAGACUGCGAUGUUGGUUUGUGUGCAGCACCAUGUUUUGAAAGAUAUCAUACAGUGUCUCUAUUAUAA